AUGUUAUUACUAGAUUACCUGGCAGAACAGUACGACCUAACCUGGACACGACAUAAGAAUUGGCCGGGGUGCGUCGCGAAAACCACAAUUUCUAUACAGCCACCACCAUCACCAAAAAAAGUUAAACAGAAAAAGCCAAAGCAAGAUAAACAUUCAUGUGAAGAUAGUAAUAACGGUGCAUGUGAAACUCCUAAAAUACCAUCAGAACCCGAAAAUAACGUGUUGAUGGUUAAUGAGAAUCAAUUAAAUGGCAAUAAUAAUGAUGCUGCUGUAACAACACGUCCUACAACCACAAAUCCACCGUCGUCAUCAAUAAUACCGAAAAAGAAUAAUGAAAAAAUUUUGGUUUCUCCAUCGCCAAUAAUACAAUUAGAUUUGACUCUAAUGAAACCGAGUUUAUUGAUGAAUAUUAGCGGGAGAUCAGUUAGUCAAGCAGUUAAAGAACUUCGUUUUUCUCUUUCAAAUAUCAUUGUCAUUCAUGAUGACAUGGAACGUGAACUCGGAAAAAUAAGUAUAAAGAAUGGGGGAAGUGCAAACGGUCACAACGGAAUCAAAUCACUAAUUGAUUGUCUAAAAACAAAUCAAUUUCGUCGACUCCGAAUUGGUAUCGGUCGACCGCACUCAACCAGCCGGUCGCAUGACGUAGUCUCAGACUACGUGUUAAGUCACAUAAAUUCUACGGAAAUGCAAACAUACAAGCUUGAUGUAUUCCCAAGAUGCCAACAAGAACUAUUAAAAUUCUGUGCAGAAUCGAAAAAUGGCAUCAAGGAGAUUUAA